AUGUGUGACCAGGGCAAGCGAAAGAAAAAGGAAAAAUUCCAGUACAACAAAUCGAUCAUGGCCGCCACAAGUGUGGUGGUCCUCGAUCGGGGCAACAAUACGACCUGCACCGUUAAUUUACACGGUGCAACCGUAGUGUCCUGGCGAGUAAAUAAUCAAGAACAGCUGUUUGUGAGCAAACUGGCAGUUUUCGAUGGGAAGAAGGCAAUCCGUGGUGGUAUACCGUUCAUUUUUCCCCAAUUUGGCCCCUGGAACUUUGGUCCGCAGCAUGGUUUUGGCCGGGUGGUACGAUGGACACUGGAGCGUGCCCCGGAACGGUUACCGAGCGGUGACGUGGAAGCGGUCUUCAGCCUAAUGGACAACGAAAUCACCCGCUCGAUGUGGAACUAUCCCUUCCGCAUCACGUACCGGUUGAUUCUGCGCGAGAAGGAACUCCACUUCCACAUUGGCGUGUACAAUCCGAGCAAAGACAUGACCUUCUCGUUCAAUCUGCUGCUGCACACUUACCUAAAGGUGCCGGACGUGCGUCGGUGUCAGAUCACGGGACUGCACGGCUGUACAUUCAUCGAUAAGACGCGGGACGGAGCCAUCUAUCAGGAGGGUCGUGACGCGGUGACAAUCAACGAAUGGACGGAUCGAAUCUACCAGCACACACCGCAGGAACACAUCAUCACGAACGUUGUGUCCGGGCGCAAGAUGCGUCUGCAGAAGUACAACUUUCCCGAUACGGUCGUGUGGAACCCGUGGAUGGAGAAGGCCCGCGAGUGUCAAGACUUUGGUGAUGAUGAGUACCCGAACAUGAUCUGCGUGGAGGCGGGCCACGUUUCGACACCGGUCAUUCUGCUGCCCGGCACCGCGUUCGAGGCAUCACAAAUACUUCAGGUUAUGUGA